ACUUGGUGUAUAUUUGAGUGUGACAGACUGGCAAGCAAAACCGCUAGAUUUUGGGAAUUACCAAGGAGCCGACCAGGACGCGCUUUAUCGUUUUCCAAAUUAACUAAUUUACUUUCAGCUAAAGUUUAAUUUAAAUUGACACAUGGAGAACUUAAAUCUUGAAGAUCCGGAAUGGCAAACUUUGUUGAAUGCCUUGAGAACAUCGUGCCAAACGAAUUUCUAAAUCUAUGAAUUAAACUAAAGCUGUGGAGGGCAGCAGAUUUUAUUCAACUGAGUUAAGGAUUUGAUCAAAACCACUGGAAUAACGGAGUUUGGAUAUAGCCUAGGUUUGGACAUAUAAAGGUAGGCUAAUCAAAUUCUAAUUGUGACGAUCCAACCCAACGUUGGAGUAAUGCAUCAGGGAGGUACAAAUUUACGGACAAUUGGACAAAUACGUAAUUUUUUAUCGCGAAACAUCAACUUUCAAGUAGAGUUUUAGUUCAGGGCAACUCGAAUAUCAGUGAGUUUUACCGUGAUUUCUCAAGCCACAUCUACAGUAGGACUGUGAAUAUUGGGAGUGCAAAAUACUGGGAAUGCCUUUUUACCAGUAAGUUUCGAGCAUCUUUUAAUAGGAACUAAACGGAUAUUAGCAACUUGUCACAAAUUUGUAAAAAUACGUAUGUUCUUCCUGCCAUCGCCCCAGGAACCUUCGUGGUAGAGAAAUGGGAUGACAAGGGGACAGCUGAGGUGAGACUGAUAAGGACAAUGGUUGUGCCCGGCGUUGGCAUCCCGCUCCUGGGGCGUCUGUUGCUGAUGCUGGUCCUGUUGUCUGCCUCUGAGUCGAGGCUCACUCAAGCUUGUUCUGGGCUCAUCAUUAGCGGCUGCAGCUGUACAGAUGAACGCUCCAAAGCCCACGCCACUACGCAGUACCGGAAAAGAGUCAGCUGCGACAGCGAAGAACUUUCUGAAACUCCAGAUCCGGGCCUGCUCCCGAACCAGACCGUUACUUUAAUUUUGAGCAACAAUCGGAUCAGGGUUCUGAGAAAUGGAUCCUUUCUUGGACUCUACGCCUUGGAGAAACUGGACCUCAGGAGCAACCUCAUCAGCACCAUCAUGCCUGGAGCCUUCCAAAGUUUAUCUAAACUUCAGAAGCUCGACCUGUCCAACAACCGCAUUGGAUGCUUGACUCCAGACAUGUUCCAGGGACUCACCCACCUCACCAAACUGAACCUCUCUGGGAACAUCUUAUCUACCUUGGACCCAGGGGUCUUCCAGGAACUCCCCUCUCUUAAACUUGUGAACUUUAACUCUGACUUUCUGUCAUGUGACUGUGGGCUGCGCUGGGUGCCGGGUUACUUUCGCACCAGGACAGCCCGGCUGGGGGACGAGACAAUCUGUGCUUAUCCCAGGAACCUCCAUGGAAAGCCCCUGCGGGGACUGAGGGAAAGUCAGCUGAGCUGUGAUGGACCUCUGGAGCUGCACACCCUGUCUCUCCUACCCUCCCAGCGCCAGGUGGUCUUCAAGGGGGACCGGCUGCCGUUCCACUGCACCGCCGCCCUGGUGGACAAAAUCACUGCGCUGCACUGGCGCCACAACGGCCAGCUGGUGACCUCUGACCCUGAACAGGGCGUCAGUCUAGAGACCAGCGUGGUGCAUGACUGCACCUUCAUCACCAGUGAGCUCAUCUUGUCCAACGUGCAUGUUGAGGCCAGUGGAGAGUGGAAGUGUGUGGUGGCCACUGGGCGGGGCAACACCUCCCGCAGCGUGGAAAUAGUGGUGCUGGAGAACAGCGCCUCCUUCUGUCCGGAGGAAAGAGUCACUAACAACCGGGGAGAGUUCAAGUGGCCCAGAACCCUGGCAGGUAUCACCUCCUACCAGUACUGUCUGCAGCUGCACUACCCCUCCCUGUCCAUGGGGGGUACUUUGGAGCAGAAGCAGGCAUCACGAUACUGUGACCGCUCAGGGAGCUGGGAGGAGGGAGACUACGACAACUGUCUCUACACCAACGACAUCACACGGGUCCUACACACCUUCAUCCUGAUGCCCAUCAAUACCUCUAAUGCGGUCACUCUGGCACGUCAGGUGCGCACGUACACCGUGGAUGCAUCCAGUUUCACUGACACUAUGGACGUGAUGUACGUGGCCCAGAUGAUGGAGAAAUUUAUGGAAUAUGUCCGACCACUGCGAGAGCUGUCAGAGAUGCUGGUGGAUAUGGGCAGUAACCUGAUGCAGGUCGAUAAUCAGAUCCUGGCCCAUGCCCAGAGAGAGAAGAAAGCCUGCAGCUCCAUAGUCCACUCUCUGGAGACUCUGGCCUGGCCACAGCUCCACAGCCAUGCUCAGGACCUCUCCACGCUCUCCAGGAACAUUGUAAUGGAGGCCCAUCUUAUCCGUCCGGCCCACUUCACUGGCAUGAGCUGCACAGCUUACCAACGCCGGGAGACGUUGUUAGGCAACCUGGGCAUGGAGGGGGCAGAGCCCACCCACGAACAGCAGCUCCGCUUCCGCUGCACCACAGGCACCCACAACACCUCCAUAAACAACUUCCCCAUGAAGAAUGCUGUAGCCCUGGCCUCUGUGGUUCUCCCUGCUUCUCUGUUCCCCCCGGACGCACCGUCAGACUGUAAGCUACAGUUUGUGGCGUUCCGUACAGGGAGGUUCUUCCCUUUCUCAGGGAACUUCAGUGGUCCUGGAGAGAACGCCCGCAGACGCAGUGUCAACAGCCCUGUUAUCUACGUAGGCCUAGAUGGGUGCAGUAUGUGGAACCACUCAGAGCCCAUCUUGGUGUCCCUGCGCCACUCGAUCCCGGGAAGUGACCCAGUGGCAGUCCACUGGAGCCUGCAGGCCCUGCAGCAGCAGCAGGGGGGAUGGAGCCAGGAAGGCUGCCUACUGGCCCACACUGACUCUGCCACCUCCACCCUGCGCUGCUCUGUACUCAGCAACUACGCCGUGCUGCAGGAGGUUCCUGACUUCCCCCACUCCCCACCCAUGUCAGUGAGGGUACUCCACCCUGUGGUCUAUAGCUGUACUGCAAUCCUCCUCCUCUGCCUCUUCACCAUCAUCAUCACACACAUACUACACCACAGUUCUAUAAACAUAUCCAGAAAGAGCUGGCACACGUUACUCAAUACCUGCUUCCACAUCGCUAUGACCACAGCUGUCUACGCAGGAGGCAUCACCCUGACCAGCUAUCCAAUGGUGUGCCAGGCAGUGGGCAUCGCUCUCCACUACUCCUCCUUGUCUACUCUGCUGUGGAUCGGGGUCAGUGCUAGAGUCCUCUACAAAGAGGCUGUGUGGAGGAUGCCACAGCAACCAGAGGGAGAGUCUCCCGUUCCAGCUACUCAGCGGCCUAUGCUCAGGUUCUAUCUAAUAGCUGGUGGUGUUCCUCUCAUCAUAUGUGGCAUCACUGCGGCUGUCAAUGUCAACAACUAUGGGUCCAACAGCCCUUACUGCUGGUUGGUGUGGCAGCCCAGUUUGGGGGCCUUCUUUGUCCCUGCAGGCUUGGCGGUAUUGGUCACCUGGAUCUAUUUCCUGUGCACUGUGUUUCGCCUGAGGCAACGGGUGGCCAAAGAGUGCCCAGGAUCCUCCCUGUCCUCCCCUGUGCCUGAGAGCCAGCCAGCCCUGGGUGGAAGCAUUAGUCUCCUGUCAACAGACUCUGUGGUGGGGACCAUGCACGCUGCAUUGACCCCAGAGGAUCAGUACUCCCUGAAGGUGCAGUUCCUGGUGCUACAGGCCACCCACUUCCUGUUCCUGGCCCUGUGGGGCUGUGGAGCCAUGGCCAUGUGGCUGACAGGGCACAGCAGCCUGUUGUUUAGCUCUCUCUAUGGGGUAGCUGCCACCGUGUUGGGAGUGUUCCUGGUGGUGCACCACUGCUUCCGACGCCUGGAUGUGCAGGCCUCCUGGCUGGGCUGCUGCCCAGGGUAUCGCCACUCCCAGCCUAUGCCAGUCUACACGCACACCUGCACCACUGUUAGUGGGAUGCAGACCACCUCUGAACAGGGAUCCCAGAUCUUCGUUGGCUGCCAUCCUCCAGAGGAUCCCCAGAACUCCUCAUCAGCCAGGUCCUCCUCCACCCCCAGUGGGAUCAGCAGUGUAAGCCCUGGGCCCUGCAAGCUUACCAACCUGCUGCAGGUGGCACAAGACAAUACCAACAAUGCCACUCAUGCCCCAGCAGGCACCAACACCAGCACCAGUACGGACAAUAACAACAAGCAAGCUAACAACCUGCUGCCCACCACAGGCUCUGUAGCCCCUGUCCAACCUCAGAGGAGGAAGGUCAGUGGCAGAACUAAACAAGGGAGCAGCCAGUAUCACCACCGAGGUGAAGGCAGAGGUCCCUACCGACUCAAAGCCUUGAGGGCUGGUGGUGGAGGGGGCAGUAUGGGAGCACUGGGACCUACAGGUAUAGAGCAGCACAACGCUGCCCAUCCAGCCCACAAACAGGCCACUAGUGAGAACGGCAGCCUACAUCACAGCCACUCUGAGAGCCAUGCCAGCCCGCUAACCAAUGGUAAUGGUAGGAGAGUGGGGGAGACAGUUGCUACCAGCCCCUCAGAGGGUAGUGACGGGGGCAGCAGCGGCAGCCGUAAGCCCUUCCCUCUGCUCCCCUCUGUGGCCAGCAGGGUGGCUAUGCAAGGUAAUAGGCGCAGCGCCAGCCGAGACAAUCUGAAACUGGCAGCAGCUGCAGAGCGUGAAGCUAAGCGCAGCUCCUACCCUCUGAACAGCAUCACUACCACUGUGCCAGGGGUUGCCCCUAACGGCACCCUCAAGAGCUCUGUGAUGGAGCUGGAGUUGGACACAAGUGGCACGGACCAUUCCCAGAGCUCUGUGGGCAUGAAAAGUAUGUGGAAGAGUGAAACUACAGUGUGACCUUAGCUCUUUCCAAGCACCUGUCCACAGUGGACCCUGACAAAAUUUGAUAUGAUUGGACUGUUGUUAUAGUCUCCUACGUCUAUACAGAUGAAUCCUAACAUGAGAUCCAUGUGUGUAACUCAGACUUUCGUGUAAAUGACAUUGAAAGAAUUGAACAAUUCUUAUAAUUUCACAUGUGGAUCUCAAGUUGGGAUUCAGAUCAUGAGUUUUUUCUUUUUAAUGUGUAAAAGAGCUAGAUUAUGGGGUUGUGUUGCUUGCUACUUUUGUGUCCAGCCAUUUAGCUUUCCAUUACAAUGAUGGUAUGGGAUGUGUAUGAAGACAACCAUGUCCUGUACUCUCAGCUCUGUCACAGACAUAACAACUGUUUGUUGGGUUUGCCAUGAAUUCAAGACCUGUCUUUUGUGUGCUUUUGUUUUUCAUAUUUCAAACCUAAAAUACUCAUUUAUUCUACACGUCACAGGAAUAUUUACCAGCUAUAUCUAAAAUCAACAUAAGAUGUUGAUUUUGGAUUCCAUAAGUAAAGCUUUAUUGUUUUGUUUGUAUUCUUAUUCUAUGCAUAUCGACUAUGGCAUGAAAUGGAAUCUAAGAUUGUCCAUUUCCACAGUACGGCUGUGCAUUUCCUCUGUGAAGAAUCUUUUUGCUUUUAUUAUAUUUUCUUGUAGUAUUGUGGGUAUGGGGGCAUGUGUGUGUGCGUGUGUAUGUGUAUGCUGCGUGAAUGUGUGUUUGUGUGUGUGAUUCUCAAUCUAGGAUGAGAGAAUGCAGUUUCUAAAACUUAUUUUACUAAAUCGUAUUGACUUCGAUUCAAAUACGCAUCAGCACUGAGAGGGAACACCUCCCCUAAUAAACAGGAUUGAACAAGUAUCAGUAUUUGGACAAACGAACUAAGAGUGACCUUUCUUUGACCCUGGCAUGUACUCUGUAAUGUCCAUGGUGAUUUUUUUAUAUGAACUUCCCCGUCCUUCUUCAUUUUUCCCUUUUCCCUUACUGUGCUCUCUCCCUCUUGGAGUUUCAAAUCUCUGGGUUUACAGUUAUUUGAACAUGGAUGUAGACUGCCCCCUCCAGGAUUUCAAACAUCAUUGUUCAUGCACUGAUAUAAAGGGAUGCAUCAGUUUAAAUCAUGUUGAGUUUGCCAUCUGCAUCAGGAGGAAGGACAAUAUGUUAAUGGUUGUUUUAUUAUGCAGUAAAUAGCUCUGGUGUAUAUCACAUGAACCAAGAUAAGCCCUUACUGAAAUACCCCCCUCACAUUCACCUCAUAAUCCAAUGGCUUCAAAGCUUGUUACAGUAAUCAUCAAAUACUUCUACACUAUUUGUUUAUGUUUAUGUACAAAGCUCAGAGUAAAGGCAAAAAAAUUAAUGACAGAAUUCUGGUUCAUUUAUGCUACUUAGUUUUCUGAUGUUGCUUCACACACUUUAUCAUACAAUAUUGUGUAAAACCAUAUUAUGCUAUUUUGAUCUUCAAUAUUCUUUUAGUGUGUAAGAAUGCAACAGCUCAGUUCAUCUUAGAUACACUCUGCUAAACAACUCCACUGUGUUCAGGGAAAUGAUUGUGCCAAAGAAUUGUAUAGACUAGCAGAGCUUACCUCAACGUCAGUGUUUAGCAAAUGGGAUACAAUUCAUAGAUUGUAUCCUUAUUCUAGGUCCUGAAAUCUCCCUGUAGGUCAAUGAUAACAUGAGGAAGAACUCAAACUCACAAAGCUCAGAGUUGUGUUAAGUACAAAGCAGUGGUUGCACUUACCUUCCUCAUUAUUGUCUGUAGACAAAACACCAUGCUUGUUACACUCAUUUCCAUUAGGUGUAAAAUGUCAACAAGUGCAAGAACACAAUGGCAGAAUGUGUCCUCUUUUUCGCUAAUGGUUACUCAGAUUGUUAACAUUUCAUUCAUUUACUAACAUUCAUCCAAUUUGUCCCGAAAUUAUUUCCAAGUUUUGUGUCCACUCAUCUCGAAAUGAAAAAGGGAGAUUUCAAAAUGUUUUAUGUAUAUUUAUAUUUCAUUUGUCAUAAUGACAUCAGUAUGAAAUAACUGUUUUUAAUUCAAUAAUAUAUUGUUCAAGAAAUUCAGACUGUGCCUCGUAAAAUAAACUCUGAUGCAAAAUAAAUACAAUAAAUACAA